AUGCGCACCGGCGAGGCUUACAACGAACAUUCGGGACCUUCUAUGAAGCGCAAGGCCGAUGACGGAGUCGUGCGUUCUAUGGCUCGCCGCAAGAAGAAUGCUCCUCCUAUGGACAUCAACAAGAAGUGUGAAUUCUGUGACAAGGUCUUCCAAAGACCCUGUGACCUAACGUAA